AUGCACGCAACCGUAGAUAGAGCCACGGUGACUGCGUGGGCGAAACAGGCGCAAUCGACCCUUGAGAAAGCGCAAACUUUGUGUACCAAUGCUCAGACUCUGUUGCAUGCCACUAGUUAUCAGCUCACUUCACACCUACCAGAUCUACUAGAAGAAGCCAAUGUGUUAUAUGAAUCGCUCAAGACACAGCAUGAACUAUUAGCGAAGAUUCUGGAGUCAUUGAGAAGAUCUAUCAGAGACCAACUAUUGAACACUUUAGAGAAACAACAGAGUACUCUCCUACAACCUGCAUUGAAUAAUCUAGAUGAUAUAGUAGGACAUCUUCUGGCGACUAUUGUACCAUCUUUCUUAAUAGAAAAAGACGAAGCUGAAAAUAGAACCCUUGCAGACUUUAUAUCUACUGACUCCAUCAACCUCUUGAGAAGAAAUAUACAAAUUUACACGAAUAACCACGAAAAGAUACGACAACUUCUCAACAAUAAACUCCAGGAUGUGAUCUUAUCUCCAUUUCAUGAAAUUGGCUCUAAAAAGUUCAAUAAAACUGUAAAAUUAUACGAAGAAAUAACUCCAUUGCAGCUCAAGCUAAAGGCAAUCACAUCGAAUAUAGCACCCCUCGAUUCAAGUAAUGUGGUGGCAACUCUAUUAAAAGAGAAUGCAGCUCUUGAAAACGAACUCGUCUCAAUUCUAGAGAUGCUUACUAACCACUACGACCAGUGUACUCAGGGAGUUCAAAUUUUAUAUUCUGGAGGUUCUCAACAGGUAAACUUGGAGAUCUUAAAGAAUGAUGCCCAAGAGUUACCAGACGUAUUGAAAGAACUUCACACUGUCUAUGACAUCAUAGUGAACAACGAAGCCCGAGCCCAGAAGUUCAUAAAUGCCCAUUCCCCAAGCAUAGAAGUGGUGAUUGCUACCAUGAAGGAUCAACUCAGCUUUUAUAGAAGUUUUAAGCUGAAGAACAUUCCUGAAAUCAUGGUUUUAUUCACGGUAUGCGAGGAAAUCUUGAUGAAGUCGCCAAUAGAAGACCCGGGAGGACCCGAGCAGACUCCUAUAGAAAAAUUCACUGAUACUGUGAAUCAAUUGGUGUACCACUAUACUCAAUUUUUGAAUGUAUUCAAGUCACAGUACUUACGAGAACUUCAUCAUGAGCAAUUCAGUUAUCCCCGAAAGUUUCUUUCAAAGCUUACAAAUUUCCUAAAUGAUGAGCUCUACAAAAUGCAAAUCGAGGAAAAGGAGAGAAGAAGAGCAUGGUUGACAAAAUAUGGAGAUUUCAUACCGAAGGAGUUUAGAUUGCCUGGAGAGUAUAACCAACCAGUGAUAACGCAAGUGGUUACAGAGGGAUUAGAAGAUGUACAAAAAGAAGGUGCCGAUGCUGAACGUCACAUUACACAAGAAAAAGAAUUAUUAGAGUUGCUACGCAAAAUGGAAGAGCUCAACCGAGAAAGAAGAUACUAA